GUGGUUAGCACGACCAGGAAGCCAGCAGUGACAUCACUUUCCAGAAAUCCCCUUCAUUGCCGCCUCAGCGCCGAGGAGAGAAACAGACAAAUAAAGGAGUUUGUUGCCGUCUGAGAUUCCUACGUGUUCAACUGAAUUUACAAGCAAGGCAUUAAAGGAUGUCUCUGUAUCCAUCCCUCGAGGACCUUAAGGUCGACAAGGUUAUCAAGGCCCAGGCCCAGUUUGCCCAGACAACCACCCCCAUGCCAGCCAUCACUGAGGGAACCUACCAGCCUCAGCCUGCCACUGCUGGGAUGCCCGGAUCGAGCUUGUACCCGAACCUGGAGGAGCUGGGAGACUACAUGGGCCUGGCCCUCAACAGUGAUGAAGUCCAGAGGAACCUGGCCCUGGUGCCUGUGGCUGACAAUCAAGUGGCACUGCCUUCCAGCUCAGGUGUCGGGGCAAUGGUGCGGCCUGUCACAGGGGCAGACUUAGGCAUCAGGAGGGCAGAGAUCCGCCCCGGGCUGCGGGAGAUUAUCCUCUGUAAGGACCAGGACGGGAAGGUGGGACUCCGGCUCAGGGCCAUCGACAAUGGAGUGUUUGUCCAGCUGGUGCAAGCUAACUCCCCUGCGGCCCUGGCUGGCCUGCGUUUUGGGGACCAGGUUCUUCAGAUCAAUGGGCAGAACUGUGCCGGCUGGAGCAUAGACAAGUCCCACAAGGCGCUGAAGGCUGCGGCCGAGACUCGCAUUGAGCUUGUGGUCAGGGACAGGCCAUUUCAGCGCACUGUCACCAUGCAUAAAGACAGCUCAGGCCAUGUGGGCUUUAUCUACAAGUCUGGUAAAAUCACCUCACUGGUCAAGGACGGCUCUGCUGCCCGCAACGGCUUGUUGACUGAACAUUACAUCUGUGAAAUCAACGGACAAAACGUUAUCGGACUCAAGGAUUCUCAAAUCAAGGACAUUCUGACCACCUCUCCGACAGCCAUGACCAUCACCAUCAUGCCAAAGUUUAUCUAUGAACACAUGAUUAAAAGGAUGUCCACCGGCCUUCUGCGGUCAGCCAUGGAUCACUCUGUCCCAGAGGUGUGAAGACCAGGAGGAGGAUUGAAAACUGUCAAGAUGUCCUCAUUACAGAGUUAUCUCUUUCUCGCUCUUUCUCGCUCUCUUUCCCUCUGUCUUUCUCUCUUUCUGUCUUCCUCAUGCAUCACAAUCAUCAUUGGCGCCUUUUCUCACCCUAACAUAAUCUUAAAAUGCCUUCUUUCUACUCUUCAGUUGUUCAGUACAUUCUUUACAUUUUUUUUUAUAUUUUCUUCUUCUCUGACAUGUCUAUGAUUUUUUUUAUAUGUUAACCUUGUAGACUUAGUAUUACAUGUUUAUUUUCCUGUUUUGUAUUUGGGAUCAAGGACAGUACAAAAUUUUUAUUUUUCAAGCCAUGCACACUAUCAUGAGUCCAGAGCUUCCUCCUCAUUGUGGAGAUGAAUCAUUGGCAUGUGAGUUUUCAUCUUGUCAAAAUGCUGUAAAAGCCACUUGUCGGUUAUCAUAGCCCUUCCAUGUAGAUUACGGUUGUGCUCCCAGUCCCUGCACUUGACCCCUGAUAUGUGUAUGUUAAUAAUCUGAGUUGAAUUAACACCAGGGGCUAUGUGUUAAUUAAAAGACUUGCUGACUUUAUUCAAGAUUCCAUUGUACAGUCAUUUUAACUUUGCCAGUAAAGCUGACAGGUUUUAGGAAAGGAGCUGAUUUUAGUUUAUACCAUAUUUUGGUGAAAAUUAGAUAUUUUUUUAUUUUUGUGGAUCACCCACACUAAUGGUUCCUGGGUUCUAACAUAAAAGUAAGAGUUACCUUGUGGUAGAUCCUGUCUCCAUGGGCAAAAGGCAUAAUGAGACUGAUGUGUCGAAUUUGUAGGUACUAGGAACACUGUGUGCACAUUCCAGGGAAAAGUGUAGGGAAAGGGGCUGCAGUAGGUGUUUUGUUGCCCUAUACAGCUGGGACUUGGCCUGUCCACAAACACACUUAGAACUAUGAGGCACAAGGAAUUAAGAUCACAGUGCUGUAUAUGAAUGCCGCUCAGUUGAGUGUGUGUUGGAUAUGGUCUUGUGUUUCAAAAACAGAUCUUCGAAGGUUUUUGUUCAGACAGGGUCUGUGCUGGGCCGACCCACUAAGUGCACUUUCCAUUAUCUUUUAAAGAGGUUGUGUUUCCUGUAUCCAUUUCAGCAGUGAAGUUCAACAGUUGUGCUUUUUUAUUAUUGUGUUUGUGGUGCCUCAUGUAAAUGAGAGAACUCAUGAAAACAGACUUGUAUGUUAAAUAAAAGAAACUGCUUAAAUUUGAUGCUCAAGAUCAUUCACUCAGAUUGAAGGCAUUCCAAUUCCACAUCCUGGAUUCAGCCAAUGAACUUGCCCUCCUCUGCUAAGUGUUGUUACAGGAUAUCCCUCUGUAAUAUUCCUUCCUUGACUGAGGAGCACAGUGAGAAUGAGCAGAGCUCUCAUUUGUGAAUUUCUACUUGUUAUAUAAAGUUGCUCCUUUUAAUGCUGUUCAUGUUUGGAUGCAUGUAUUCCUUUAAUUUUCUAGGUAUGCAAUCUGAUAAACAUCACUGUCAUUCUGUAAGAAAAUGCUAGAAAAAAUCUAAAAGUUUAUAUACAAAUGUAACCAAGAUAAUAUUGUAAAACAAAUAAACAGUCUUUCUGUUCAGA